UGCGGUUCGUUGUUUCUCCCCGUGUGUAAAAGCACAGCACUUGUGUCCUGCUGUUCAAGCCCCAGAACGACUGCACCGGCUUCUACAACUUGUUUACUCCAUUAACCGAGUUGUUUGUGCCGCUGGAUGGUUGAAUAUUUCACCGAGUUUUGUGGAAAAAUAUUGGGUUUUUUUCUGGGCAAAGUUGUGCGGCAGCGUUAGUUCCUGUUGCACAGCUGCUAAAGACCAGGUGUUGUUUUUAGGAAACACCUUGAUGUUGGGGGUUCAUAACUCAUGCAACUCGCUGUCAAGCCAGCUGUGUAUGUACUGUUGAUCACCAUGGCUCAGGUGGCCGGACAGGAAGACAGAGAGAAGACGACCGCGCUUAAAGACCUGCUUUCAAGAAUAGAUCUGGACGAGCUGAUGAAGAAAGAUGAGCCUCCGUUCACGUUCCCCAAAACACUGGAGGAGUUUGAAUACACCUUCAAUGAACUUGGACAGCUCAGACAUACAAGAACUGGGGAGCCCUUUGUGUUUAACGCUGGCGAGGAUCUCCACCGCUGGAAUCAGAAACGCUAUGAAGCGCUCGGAGAGAUCAUCACUCAGUACGUUUACGAGCUGCUGGAGACGAAGUGCAACAUGACGAGAGAAAUCCUACCAGUAGAUGCGGUGGAUGAGCCCACUAGUUUUAUCUACCUGAGCCCAGAUGCCUUGACCAACCCUUCCAAGCUGCUGCUGCUCAUCCAGGGCAGUGGCGUGGUGCGAGCUGGUCAGUGGGCCCGGCGGCUCAUCAUCAACCAGGAUCUAGACUCAGGAACACAGAUCCCCUUCAUCACCAGAGCCAUGGAGGAGGGCUUCGGCGUGAUCGUGCUCAACCCCAAUGAGAACUACCUGGAGGUGGAAAAAGCUUCAGAGCCAUCGCCUUUGCUCUCUCUGACUGAGUCCUCAGACGAGCCUGUUGAGAAGAAGGAACGCAUUGAUGACAAGGAAACCAAGAAGAAGAGAGAAUUCUACGAGAAGUAUCGCAACCCACAGAAGGAGACUGAGACUGAACGGAUCCCUAUACGGGAAAAUGCUUCUUCAGAGGAACACGUGCUGUACGUGUGGGACCACUUUGUGUCCAAAGCUGCAGCCAAGAAUGUCUUCAUCGUGGCCCACAGCUAUGGAGGGCUGUCUUUUGUCGAACUGAUGAUCCAGCGAGAGACGCAAGUGAAGAACCGGGUGUGCGCCGUGGCUCUGACCGACUCGGCUCACAACGUCUGGCUGCAAGAGACCAGCAAAGUCACUCAGGACUGGAUGCGAGAGCACUGUUGUAACUGGAUAUCAAGUCCAGAGCCCUUGGACACCCCACUCGAACCCAUGCUUCCUGAUUGCCCUCGAGUCUCUGCCGGCUGGCAGGUUCACAGGCAGCGGCUAUUGUGGUGGGAGUCGCAGAGGCACAGAGAGGCACGAGCUGACGUCCUGGAAGAGCUUCAACUCCAUCUUCAGAUACUUCAGCAGGGUCCUGGAGGCCAAAGACUGCGAAGGGGCAGAGGAGACCUCCACCAUCGUCACCACACGCAGCAGCUCCCUGAAAAACAAACACCAGGAUUUGUAGAUGGCCGACUGCAAUGUCCAGGAGCAGUGGGAGGUGGGGUGGGUUGGUCGGCCACAGAUCUGAUGAUCCUGUGACAGAGAGGCUAAGGUUUCAAGCUCUUUUCGCUCCCCCCCCUCCUCCAUCUUUCCUUCCUCCGCUCUUCAUUGUCAACUCUCCCUUCCGGCCUCAGCCGGGUUCCUCGUACUCCCUCAGACUUGUUGUCGCAAGAGACAGGAGCGAGCGCAGGGUCACAGUGUAUACAUCACAAUAACAUUUUGCAUUACUUCUAGAUGAGUGCAACUGUCAAAGCAAUAUGGGCCGGAGUGUUGGCGCUUCCCGAGGGCCGUGGCCCAGCUGCGGGUACGGGCCACGGCAGCACAGAUUAAGGCUGACAGGAGCUGUGCACAACGCGGCGAGGUGCACCUCUAAUUGUCCUGACAUCAGCCUGAACUGAGUUAAUGCUCCUGUCUGCCCUCCAGCCCACAGUGCUGCCUCUCUCUGGGUCCUAAACCCUGCGCUUCACCCUGGACCAGCUCAUGCGAUAAGAAACCUCUGCUGGCUGUUAGACUUCAUUCCCACCUGAUCAGUGCCUGUCUGGCUCUUCCACUUCUGCGUAUAGGAAAGAUCAUCCAGGACAGAUCCAGCCACAGAUAUAGCAUCGCCUCAAAACUGAGACCCGCGGAUGAUUGCAUGCCACAAAACAAAUAAAAACCUGAGCUGGAUAUGAAAAAAAAAAGACAUUUGCACACAGAGCAUAUUUAAAAUCACUUACUGGUUUGAGGGAUUUUUUUUUUUUUUCAUUUUACAAGCCGCCUAAAGUCGGCUCACGACGCUCAUAAAGCCUCUAUAUAUCGCAUGACACAUGUCAGGAAAUCCCAGAUUUCAAUAUUAUUCUAAGCCUGAAUGAUAUUUCCUUAGAUGUUAGCGAAACCUAAUACGCCCCCCCCCCAUUUCUUUUUUCCUGUAAAGUACUUAGAAGUGACAGAGUCGCAUAAUCUGACGACGUGACAAAAAAAAUAGAUGAUAACAUUUUUUCUUCCGCCACACUGCUGUGUUUUAUAAACCACUCAAGGCUUAACGUAAUACAUUUCAACAUGUUGUGACAUUAGUGGGAACUUAAAACCGAUACCUGAGACACAUCAUUUUCUAGCUUUUUUAUUUUUUUUUUUUUUGUCGUCUGCUUCCAUUUGUUUGCGUUUACAAUGUUAAACCUCAGCUCUCCCGUGUGCUUUAAGGCUUUUUAAGGAUUAUCCCGCCGUUGUAAUGAGACUGCUGCUUUCGGGCCUGAUUUCAUUUGAAUUUGAUGCACAUCUCUCCAGGUUUCCAGCAAUAAAAGUUGGAUUAUUAUUUGACUUGAUGAGUUUUGGUUUCCAGAUACCAUUGCUCAUCUUUCUCCUUUUCAGCCACCAGUCAGUUCAUUUUUCACUCUCUGUUAUAAUCUGUAUAUUAUUGCCUUAGGAAUAAACACGGCUCUGCUGUUUUUUUUAAUAAUAUCCAGCCAAGCCAUAUUUGAAUCGGACUGAAGACUAUAUGCAAAGUACACAUGUGGAGCCAGACUUACUUUUGCCUUUGUCUUUUUUCCUGUGGUGAAAGAAUAUGGGUGAAUAUAUUUCAUGGAACUGUUGAUCACAUUUAUUUUAAAUUCAGCCUUUUCUAAUCUGCAAACUCUGUAGACAAAGAAUAA